UAUAUCUCUCGGAUGUUUUGUUUGGUUUUGCCAUGUGUUGGAUCUUGAGUUUUCUGUGUUUGUUAUGUUCUGCAUAACUUUUGUUGCUUUCAACUAUUGAUUGCUGCACCUUAAUCUGGAAUGUGGUCCUUUUGUUAAGAAUGGGAGAGGCUAGGGAUUCGGUUUUCUUUGUUUCUUUUCUUAAUUUAUAUGUGCUUUAAAUGCUCUGAAUCAUAGUAAUGGAUUUGCAUGUCUUUUAGUACUAGUGUUGCAAAUUAUGAAAUUUUGCUUUUUCAAUUACUCAUCAUCACUGGUUUCUUCUUCUGAUGUAUGUCUCUCAAGAUCUGUUUAGGAGUGGAGUUUGAUUUGAUCAUUGGUAUCAAGGAAUAAGAGUUCAUUCUUGACACUAAGUGAUAGGGAUUUUUCAAAUGCUAAAUUUUGUCAGGUCUAGAACUCAGGCAAGGACAACCAGACCUACAACAAUGGGAAGUAUGGAUUAUGCAGACCCAAAAAGGAAGGGAAAUUUUGUUGGAAAAGUUUUUCUUGCUGCUGCAUUAACGACAAUAUGUAUUAUCAUGAUCAAGCGAUCUCCAGCUUUGAAUUCCCCUAAUCCGUUUGCCGUCCACGAACCUGGGAUCCCUCAUGUUUUAGUAACAGGUGGAGCAGGCUUUAUUGGCUCACAUGCUACUCUUCGACUUCUGAAGGAUAACUAUCGUGUCACCAUAGUAGACAAUCUAUCACGAGGAAAUUUGGGUGCCGUUAAGGUUCUUCAAGACUUAUUUCCAAAACCCGGAAGGCUUCAAUUUAUAUACGCUGACUUGGGAGACGCAAAUUCGGUUAAUAAAAUAUUUUCGGAGAACAAAUUCGAUGCUGUCAUGCACUUUGCUGCUGUUGCAUAUGUAGGGGAAAGCACUGUGGAUCCUCUUAAGUAUUAUCACAAUAUAACUUCAAAUACCUUGUUGGUAUUGGAAUCUAUGGCUAAAUAUGAUGUGAAGACAUUUAUAUAUUCUAGUACAUGUGCAACAUACGGGGAACCCGAAACGAUGCCUAUUACGGAAGUAACACCGCAGGUCCCGAUUAAUCCCUAUGGGAAAGCCAAGAAGAUGGCAGAGGAUAUCAUUCUUGAUUUUUCUAAAAAUUCAGAGAUGGCAAUAAUGAUUCUCAGAUACUUCAAUGUGAUUGGAUCGGACCCUGAAGGAAGAUUGGGCGAGGCUCCAAGACCUGAAUUGCGAGAGCAAGGUCGAAUAUCUGGUGCCUGCUUUGAUGCAGCUCGUGGUAUUAUUCCUGGCUUAAAGGUUAGAGGGACAGACUAUAAGACGAGCGAUGGAACUUGCAUACGGGAUUAUAUAGAUGUAACAGACCUGGUUGAUGCUCACGUGAAGGCUCUCGAAAAAGCACAACCUGCCAAAGUUGGUAUCUACAAUGUUGGCACUGGAAAGGGUAGCUCAGUGAAGGAGUUUGUCGAAGCUUGCAAAAAGGCUACAGGAGUGAACAUCAAAGUAGAAUACCUCCCUCGUCGUCCCGGUGAUUACGCCGAAGUAUAUAGUAACCCAACAAAGAUCAACCGUGAACUGAAAUGGUCUGCACAACGCACGAAUCUCGAAGAGAGUUUACGAACCGCAUGGAGAUGGCAGAAAUCUCAUCGUGACGGAUACGGGGUUCCAAAUGUAUAUUGAAUUAUUCAGAAUUCUAAAAUAGUAGAAGAUUAGAAGUAAGCAAUAGCAGCAGCAUCUAUGUUAUAGCUGCAUUUUUAUUCGCUAUAUUAGAUGUUAUUGGUAUAUAGUCCAUUCAUUAUGUGUUAUUGACCAUAUAGUAUGAUUCAAUAAUAUAAUGCCGAGGCUAUGGUAUAUACCAUUUCUCCAA